AUGAGACAUUUGUCUACUUGUUAUUAUAUGGGAAUAUUGGCUAUUACUGAUACAUUUGUACUAUUAUUAGGUUUUACCGUUGCAUGGACAUAUAUGGUAAAUAGAAAAUGGUCAUUAUUAUUACAAUCAAGUUAUACAUGUAAAUUAUUAUCUGUACUAUUUUAUACUGUUGCCGAUUAUUCUGUUUGGCUAGUUGUAAUGAUGAGUAUUGAUCGUUGUAUUGCUGUUGCAAAACCAUUACACGUUAAUUCUAUUUGUACAGUAAAACGAGCAAAAUUUUGUGUUUGUUUAUUAGCGUUUAUUUCAUUUUUGAUUAAUGUUCAUUUCAUAUUUACUCAUAAAUUGUAUCGUGAUGAUGAUUUUUCAGAAUGUUCACAUUUUCCCGAAUAUGAAUAUUUUAUUAUACGUAUUUGGCCAUGGGUUGAUGCUGCUGUUUAUUCUGUAUUACCAUUUAUUUUAUUGUUAACAAUGAAUUUAAUUAUUGUUCAACGUCUAUGGUAUGCUAGAAAAUCGAGUGAUAAAUUACAAAUAUAUCAGACUAAUUGUAAUUCUCGUAUAAAAAAAUUAAAUAGCUCAAUGAGUAGAAAAUUGACAACAAUGUUAUUAUCUGUUACAUUUUUCUUCCUGUUUACUUCUUUACCGUUGGUGUGUUUACAAUUAUAUCAAAAUAUUCAUCAUAAUAUGAAUAUUUCAACAAGAAUAACAUCGUAUUUAAAACCAAUAUGUGAAACAUUACAAUACAGUAAUCAUUGCGUAAAUUUCUUCUUGUAUGCUGUAACGGGAAAGGCAUUUCGACACGAAUUAAAACGUUUAUUUCAUGCAUGUACAUCACUAAUGAAAUUUCAAAAUAAAAAUCGUACAUGUGAAUUGAAUGAUGUAAAUAUGAUCAAUAAUUAUAAAUUACUUAAAAAUAAUAAAAAUACAUCAUUAACGACACAUCAAGAUCACCAACGAUCAUCUCGACACUUUCUUAGUAAAACCAGUCAACAAAUUCCAUUACGAGUAGUAUUACAACAACCUUCAACACCAACUAUAUUGAGACAUCGUCUAUCGUCGGAUGCACUCUCAUUACCGCUAUUAGAUAAAGAUAGUAAUAAUAGUUAUCGAAUAAAUAGAAAUAUGAACAAUAGUCAAUUAACUUCUAUCAUCUAUAUUCAACGAAUCUCAAAUGUAUAA